CUGGUGUGGGAUGACGUCAAAUUCAAGAUGGAUGGAAUCACGACCAGUGCGCAGAAAUCCACACAACACUGAAUAAAGUCCCGGCUGCGUGGAGGAGCGAGCGCGUUCGCGACGUGCAGGCACCACAGACUUCAGUCUCCAAAGUGACGAUGAAGUUGAAUCACCAACGCUCUAAAUCAGUUUCAUUAUGAUAUUGCUCAAGCCAUGGAGAGCCUAGUGCAUUACAGUAACCCCUCCCAUACCCUCUCGGUGUUAGGGGUUCUCAAUGAACAACGACUGCGGGGCCAGAUGUGUGAUGUUGUCCUGGUUGUGGCGGACCAAAAGUACCAGGCCCAUAAGAGUGUUCUAGCUGCCAGCAGUGAAUAUUUCCAGUCCCUGUUCACACGGAUGGAUGCAGAGUUGCUGAACGUUGUGAACCUUGACUUCUGUGAGCCUGAUGCCUUCGAAAUUGUUCUGAAUUACAUUUACUCCUCCUCGCUCUUUGUGGACAAAGGCAGCCUGGCAGUGAUUCAAGAGCUUGGUUACAGUCUUGGAAUCCCUUUCCUCACCAACAUCGUGUCAGCAAGACCACAUGCAUCAUACUGUGUGUCUAGAAAAAGGCUUUCAUUCUCAGAAGGGGAUGAGAAUGAUGUCCAGACAAGGAGUGUCAUUGUGUGUCGGGUGCGGAAUGACACAACACAUCCCUCUCGCUCAAAUUAUCAGAGAAAAACAUCAGAGAGAUCAUUAUCUCCCCACUCGACUCGAGAGUCAGCUCAGCCACCAUCAGAACACAACUCCCACGAAUCCGUCAGGAACUCUGAAUCCAGGAAAUCCUCUGAACAGAGGGAAGCUGCUGAGAGGAAGUUCACCUAUCCAUACACCUCCAUAUUAAAAGGGAAUUCCUCACACAUCACAUCUGUCAGGCCUCAGCUCACAUCAUCCGUUUCUUUCAGUGAUGCUGAAAUACAGCACAUCAGGAUGCAGUCUGGUACCGACUCGGUUACUAAAGAGGAGAAUGAAGAGCAGCACUAUCACACCAAAGUGCCCUUUGAGGGCCAGGCCAGUGAGCCAAGCCAGACCAUUGACAGGAGCGGGCCGCUCAUAAAAAGCCUUCUCCGAAGAUCAUUAUCCAUGGACAGCCCUGUUCCAGUCUUCUCUCCCACACUGGAGCUCAAGGAGCUGCAAAAUCGAGAACAGUCAGUUGUUAAAAUGGCAUCAAAAGCAUCUGGGCCAGAAACAUCUGCUCAAAAUGGCAAAUCAAAAAAAGCAUCUCCCCUGGUUCUCAGGCCAAAGUACCCCAGCGGGUAUGAUGAAGAAACUCAGGUAGAAAGAGAAGUCAGUGUGAAAGUUGAGCCGAGCAGUCCACUCGCCGACCCCAUGGACAUUAUCCGAAUUACAGUGGGAGAUGCUUUGCCGGUCAAUUUUAAAGACUUACAAACAAAUUAUGACCACGGUUCCAGGACAAACCUCAAUCCUCUGGGAAAAAGAAAGGACAGACCAGACAACAGAAGGUAUCCAUUCAAGAAGAGCAAUUUUUUUAAAGAUCGUACCCUCUCACCUGAAGAGAACAUGUCAGAAACUGUACCUCAGAUUGCCAACAAUGACUCCAAUGAGAACAUUGGGGAGCUGUCUCAGAACAAGAUUUUCAAAUGCUGGAACUGUCUGAAAGUUUUCAGGUCCAGUGCUGGACUCCAUCGUCAUGUUAAUAUGUAUCACAAUCCCGAAAAGCCGUAUGCUUGCGACAUCUGCUACAAGCGCUUCCAUACCAACUUCAAAGUGUGGACACACUGCCAAACUCAGCAUGGUGUUGUACAAAACCCAGCCUCGUCCUCCAGCUCCUCUGUACUGGAUGAGAAAUUUCAAAAGAAGUUAAUAGAUAUUGUGCGGGAGAGAGAAAUAAAGAAAGCUUUGCUUUGGAAGCUGAAGAGGAAUAAGCAGGGCUUGCAAUCUCCUGCACUUACCAAGAAGAGAUCUAGGCCCAGCUACAUAUGCCCUUACUGUGGGAAAGUAUUUGUGUUCCAGUCACAGUACAGACAGCAUUUAAGGACACAUCCUGCAAACAAAGCUGACCAGGACACCGCAAGUGAGAGCAAUCUCUACCAGGAACAGGCUGAGAUCAUUCAUCAGAGGAACACAGACACUGGCGAUUACUCCUGUAGACUCUGUAAUAUGAAGCUGUCGUCUCUCUUUGAGCAAGGCGAUCACGAGAGGGGCUGUAGACAUACAACAGUAUGCCCAUACUGUGGUCUCCGAUUUUCAAGUCCAACUGUAAAGAGGGACCACGAGGCACAUUGUAAGUACAAGAAACUCACGUGCCUGGAGUGUAUGCGGACCUUCAAAUCCUCCUUCAGCAUAUGGCGCCACCAGGUGGAGGUCCACAACCUUAACAUGAUGACUGCUAAGGACCAGAUUCACCUGAGGCAGCAAGAGAACAAUGAAGAGGCGUCUGAAAUUCUCAGGGAGGAGCAUUACAGUGAUGAGCCUCUAGCAACUGGGAGCUCAAGAGACAACAUCAGUUACAGUGACUCCUCAGGUCCACACAUGUAUGAUUCAGAAGACUCCUCAUCCUAUGUGCCUGAAGACUUGAGCAUGGGUCACCUUGGCAAGCUGGUGGUGAAGGAAGAGCCUUUAGAAGAGGCUGUGAGUGAGAUGGAAAACACAGAGACUGCCAAAUCUGGGUCUGAGGAACCCGGUGUGUGGCCAUGUGAGAAAUGCGGAAAUCUUUUCAGCUCUUGCAAAGACCUGGAACGACACCAGGAGCUGCUAUGCCACAUCAAACCAUUCAUCUGUCACAUCUGCAACAAAGCCUUCAGGACCAACUUCCGCCUUUGGAGCCACUUCCAGUCCCACAUGUCCACUGCUUACGAACCUGGAGCCAAAGAGAUCGACAGACACCCCUCGCCCCUGUCUCCCUCCCCUCCCAUGACUCCUCAAAACUCUGAGCGUCGCUCCCCACUGGCCACUGUGCUCCAACCCACCCAGCCGGCGCCAGCUGCUGCAACGAUGGCUGAGGAGUCCAGCAGCCCUGAGCCCUGCAGCUCGUCGGCAAGCAAGGCAAAGAGACCCGAACUUGAACGGCAACCCAGCAGCCACAGCCCUCUGUCAAAGUCGGACAGCAUGGAGAACACAGGUGGCCCUCAGGAAUCAGACACACUCUUUUACCACGCACCGUCUCUCUCUGCCCUGACGUUUAAGAGGCAGUACAUGUGUAAACUCUGUCACAGGACCUUCAAGACGGCCUUUAGUCUCUGGAGCCAUGAGCAGAGUCACAACCACAUGUAGGCAUCAGACAAGUUAUAGCAGUGUGUUUCUCCUGUAAGACAAUACCUAAUAUUAGAAUAAAUACACCUCAGCCUACAAAAGGAAGACUUUGAAUGUAUAGCUUAUUCGCUUGCCUCCAAUGUCAUAUAUUAAAAUGGCCAUGUUCAUUAGAGGUGUAAACGUGAAUGUGCAAUCAAGUGCUAGAUCCCCCUGUGAGACAAAUUGGUCAUAAAUGGUUUAUUUUACUUUCAAAUUGAUUUAUAAGCAUUUAUUUACUUUAAACCUAUUUAAGUUGUCUACUUGUAUUUAUCUACGUAGGUGUUUUGAGAAAAGAAGGUGCAGAGUUGCACCCCUCGGUGAAAGAAGGUACAGCUAAAUACACUGUUUUCCCAGUGUGUAAAAAAAGUGCUUUAAACUUUUGGAGGUUGCAGUUUAAAUAAAUAUUAGUGCUUUUGCUUUUGUAUCAGAUCUAUCUCUUGACGUGAGUGGCCUCAACAAUGUAUUCAAUAUGCACUUUGUUUAACAGUUUGAUUCUGUUAUAUGGGGUGAUUCAAUCCAAAAUGUUUGCUUGGAUCCUUGAGUUUCCAUUACUGAGGUUUUGGGCUGCAGAAGUAAAACAGUGACUAGGUGCAGUAUUAUCUGUUUUCUUUCUUCAUAGUUGGCAUUCCUUUGAAAUUUGUUCUCUCAUAUUUGAGUCUCAGACUGAUUGACCUUCCUUAUAAAAUGAAAAAAAAUGUUCUAAAACACAUUGUACGUGAGACUUAUCUUAGACACCUCUUGUUUAAGAGAUUGCGUCUCAGUAUGCUCCUUGAUUAAUUGCUUACUCUCUUCAUUCAGAUAGUUUACUUCAUCUUCCUUAUUGUUAGCCCUGUGAAUCAUUUAAAAAGAAUACAAGUGAAUGAGACAAUGCAAUCAUCAGUCAGAAGAUUAGAGAAAUAUUUUUUUUUUUCACAGGGUAUAUAAUGUUUCAAAUGUUGCUGAAAAAUCAUUUGUAAAAGAUGCUCAGGCCAGCUUACUUGUAAAAAUUGCUCAUCACAUCAGCUUCUAGAAAUCAGUCUGAAAUAUCCCCAGCAAGCAAACUUCCAGACAUCUUGCAGUAUAGUUAGCACACUGCAGUAUAGUAAUGCAAUUCAUGGUUAAACUCAGUUAAUGAAUAUAAACAUUAUAAUGAUAAUAAUUUGUGUAUAUUGGACUCAACUCCUUAUUCACUUAAGUCCGCCACCCCAGUGCAGCAGCAGUGUUGUGUAUGUAGAUACUCAUACACUGAUAGAUUUGUGCAAUUAAACAGGUGGAAAUUAACCAAGCUUUACAGUGCUUUGAUGGCCUUAUGCAAACUUUCAAAUCCUUUGUCACUAUUGUCACUUAAAGCACAAUAGACCUUCAGACGACUUAUGACUCAGGCAUUUUGAAUUUUCGGUGGUAAAGUCAAGAAGAGGGAGGUGAGAGAGAAUCAAAUCUGUUAUUCUUCGAAUGGUGAGAGAAUGUUCCCUCUUCCAAAAGGUUUAUUACUAAAGAUUGUGUUUUGAUUGUAUUCCAGUUGUUCAACAGUUGUAUUCUCGUACAAGUAUAUACUGCUUUGGCUUGACUGAUUAGAAGUUUGUCAUAAAUUAUUAAGAUUGCUACUAUUUGGGAGGGUGUUGAUUACGCCACAAAAAAUAUGGGAUUUUUCCCCCCCUCUUAAUGAGCUGCAUUGUGAUGUUAUAUUCAUUGGAGAAAUUCUGUAUUGUUAAAUAGUGCUCUUAAUUUCCUGUGAGAAACUUUUUCAAGGUUUCACAGAAAUGACUAGAAUUGUGUAUAUGGAAGUGUUUGUAUCCUCGAUUUUGUACAAUUUUGUUAGUAAACUAAAAAAGGUUUAUCUUUUUGGUAUUACUGUGCUCUCACUGCAAUAAUGAAUACUGUACUAUUUGUAUCAGCAUUGGUUGUAUUAUCGUUGCUUUUGGAGAUUUGCAGCUGUUUUGUGUUUAGGUUUUUCUACAGGUUUUGUGCUUCAUUUCUGUAAUAAAGAGUAACAAUGGAGAAUACAUGUA